AUGCACCUCAGCAACCACCAGCCCAACAGGGCGGUUUCCUGUCUGGGCUAUUUUCCUCAGGUCCGCCCCCUCCACAACAACAACCACAACAACAACGACCCCAGCAACAACAGGGAUCACCUAGCAGUCGACCAAACCUACAGCAACAGCAGCAACAGGGUAACAGGCAGCCCUUGCAGAGGCAAAAUCAGAUUCCUCCACAGCCUGUUGCUGCUGCCCCUGAGCAGGGAGGAUUCAUGUCAGGGCUAUCAGGGAUUUUCGGUGCCCCCCAACCGCCUCCACCACAGCCCGCUCCCCAGCAGGGUAAUCGGCCAAAUGCUCCAGGCCAAGGACAAGCUCAAAAGCAGCAGCCCCCACCCCAACAACCACCUGCCCAACAAGGUGGAUUCCUCUCUGGGCUUUUCGGCAUGGGCACUCCUGAAACUCCUACCCCUAACCAGCCACCCCCUGCACAGCCUCAACAACAAGCCAACAGACAGACUCCUCAACAGGGAGCAGCUCAGCAAGCAGGUCAAACUGGUCAGCCGCCAAACAAGCUUGUCCAGAAUCUACCUCAGGCUGAAUCAGGUGGACUGUUAUCUGGACUGUUUAACAAGCUCACAACCACCACAGAGGAGCAGACACCACCUCAACAACCUCUGCAGCAACAACAGCAGACACGUCCAGGUGGUCCAGCUAAGCCUGGACAAGGCCGGCCACAGAUUCAGCGGACCAAGCAGGUGGAGGUCCAGUCCUCGCAGGAUGGUGUGGGUGAAAAAGACCCGAAGGGAUCACAGAAAGGAUUUCUAUCUGGACUCUUUGGUGCAAUGGAGGAGGCACCAACAACCAAGGCACAGGAGAUACCCAUCUCCCCGCUUAGCAAGGAGGAACCGAAGACCAGUACAAGUGGCAGCUCGCCAGGUUUCCUUGAUCGUUUACUUCCAAAACAAAACAAAGAUGAAAUUCCCAUUAGUGCUGCUCCUAGUGCUGCUCCAACCAUCCCAACAAGUUUGGACACCUCUGGCAGUCAGGUGCCACAAUAUGUUCAUAAUGGACAGGAUCCUGCCGUAUCCCCAACCCAACGCUAUCUGGAGGAAGUCCACCGUCUGUUGUAUGGCACAGCAGAAGAGUAUGGGUACCAGGACCUGUUGUACAACUUUGCAGAGUAUGGUGUCAUUCCUCCUGAGCUCUAUGAGCAUCAGCUUCUCAUAGAGGCCCUCCUUUGGCAACAGCUUAAUGAUUAUGCCCUCAGCGAAUCCCUCUCUGCUCAAGUUCAGGAGUGUUACCAGACAAGGCAAGGGUACAUACAGCCAGCAAAUGGACAAUCAUCCUGGCAGAACCAUGGGGUUUGGAACCCCAAAGACAUUCACACCAGUCAGUUCCACAUACCCUCACAUCCUUGGAGAGACAAGACUGCCCAACCAUUCCAAAAUGGCUUCCAUGAACCCAAGGAGGAGGAUAUUGUGCUAUUUGACAUGACUUGCAGGAACAAGAAGCCCUGGAGCAGCUGUGACCAUUUGAACAUGAGCAAUGACAUUAGCAAUCACAAUGGGAUGGUGAACGGAAAACCCUGGAUCGUGUCAGGGAGUGCUGUCAAUCUGUCCAAGGAAAAUAAUCAAACAAAGCGGAGUCGGUGCCAAUCCCUUACUGAAGGGAUCCAUGGAAACAUCCAUGAAUUUGGCCAAAUAGUCAAUCAAAAUGGACUUGGCAGAAUCUCACCAGCAAAGAAAGAUUUUGAUCAGAAUUUGGCUACAGAUUUUUCCAAACAAAUUGAUAAGAAGUCAGCUACAGAGUUUUUCAAACUAAUCGCAGCUAAAAAGGGUCCAAAGGAUUUGACCCUUGGUGCUAUGGAUUUGAGCAGUUCAGCAGGGAUCAAUGGAGAUGUAGAUGAUGACAUGUUCGUCGAUGAGUCUGAGUGGUACCAGCAGUGGCUCUCUCUGUUGGAACAAGGGAUGUGGUGGCCAGCUGAGGCAGGGGAUUGUGGCUACUACGUCUAUACAGACGAAGAGUUCAUCUACUCUCUCCUUACUGACAGAGCUGGUAAGCACCUCUAUGCAUGUGGUGCGCCAGAGGAUGUACAGAUGUUGGGACAAAUCACAGAAAACCUUGCUAACAUCCUAAACAAGCAAAAAGAAAAAGAUAAAGUCACUCUCUGUGGCUUCAAGAUUCCUCUCUACAAUGAGGAGGAGGCAUUCUGGGCUCCGGGUCGGACACAGAGAGAAUCUCAUCUCUUGAAUGCCCCAGAGGACCUCACCUCAGCCUUCAAGAAAGGAGACAAGAUAAUGAAUAUGAACAUGGAAUCCUUCUCUCAGAUGUUCCAGGAGUCUGUAGUGGCUCAGACAGAGCAGCCGGUAGACUUCUCUGUGUUUAAGCUGAGGAAGGUCAAAAUGGAAACAAAUCAGACUGACCUUUACUAUCAUGAGGAGCCAUUGGAGGCUGCUGAUCUCACUAGCAAAUCACAAACGGGCAGCUAUGGAGGUCCCUAUUGGCAGAAUCAUGGCAUAAAAGGUUCACCUGAUUUUGUGUCUACUAACAAAUCUGCGAUGUCCCCUAGAACCUAUCCGCAACCUAAUCGCCCUAAUUCUCCAAUUCCUGAUAUUAGGAUAGCGCCUGCAGAUGAAACGCCUGUUGACCAGCUGAAACAGAAGACAUCCGUCUUUUCAGCUAUCGGAGGGUGUGUUAGUGGGACUGCUGCUGCAUCUGAUUUAAGCAAAGCAACAUCUCCAAUUCCAACAUCUCCAAUCCCAAAUGGGGACCCUGUACCGUCAGCAAUGUCUAGUAGGAUUCCAGUGGCUGCCCCAGCGACUUUUAGAAACCUCCCUGAAACCCCAUCUGCUCCUAGGUCACAACCAGGACCUGCUCCAUCAGGAAGAAAGCUUCCUGUAACACCAGGAGCUGCUAAACCACCUACAGAGCCCACUGUGCAGGAGGCCACCUCCAUUGACCAACAGGCAAAGAGCAUACUCUCCUUCGGCUUUGAGAGUUUGAAAUCCAAAAUUGUGGAUGCGCAAAGUAGUGUGGCUCACCCCACAAUGCAACAGGAGCCACCAAAGCCAGCCACCACGGCUACUGGCCGAAUCUUACCUACGCCCCCAACUGCAACAGCGGGUUCACCGGCGGUGUCUUCAACACAGAGAGCGGGGCUUGUCAGACAGUCUUCCCAGUCACAGCAGCCCACACCACCAAUGCAACAGACAAACAGAAUGACCUCUGCUAUAGGAAUGAAUGA